AUGCCCAACGCCUCUUCCUGGAGUGCUAGCUCUCCUCUGCUGCUGCUCUGGGAGGACUCCUCCGGGACCCGCAUCUUUCUGUCGCUGCUCUACGCAGUCUUAGCUAUCUCAGGAACUUUAUCCAAUGUGAUGGUCAUCUAUUUAGUCUUCUCCUUCAAGAAGCUGCAGACAACCAGCAAUGCCUUCAUCGUGAACGGCUGUGCGGCAGACCUGAGCGUGUGUGCCCUGUGGAUGCCCCAGGAGGCUGUGCUGGGGCUGCUGCCCCCCAAUUCUUCCUCCCUUCGCUCGGCGGAGUACCGGCUGCUCAGAGGGGGGCUCCUGGGCCUCGGCCUCACCGUCUCCCUGGCCUCGCACCUGCUGGUGGCUUUCAACAGGUACGUGCUCAUCACCAAGCUGCCCAGCGUGUACCAGGCCCUCUACCAGCGGAGACACACGGGCUGCAUGAUCGGGCUCUCCUGGGCCCUCGCUCUGCUCCCGGUCCCGCUGCUGCCGGGGCUCUGGACCCUGGGCUCUGCCCAGUCGGACGGCAGCUCUCGCUACACCGCCCUGCUCCUCGCACUGGCCGUGCUGGCCCAGACCGCGCUGCUGCUGCACUGCUACCUCGGCAUCGUGCGGCGGGUGCGGGGCAGCGCCAAGCGGGUCAGCGUCCUCAACUUCCACCUGCUGCACCAGCUGCCCUUCCCCGCCGCGCCGCCGCCGCCUCGCCGCGCCCAGCGCCGCCUCAGCAGCGUCUCCGUCCUGCUGCUCUGCUGCGUGUUCCUGCUGGGCACCCAGCCCCUGGUCUGGGUGAGCCUCCUGGGUUUCUUCCUGCGCCCGGCGCCGCCGGCGCUGCAGGCCGCCAGCUGGCUGCUGCUCUGCUCGCUCUCGGCCCUCAACCCGCUGCUCUACACGUGGCGCAGCGAGGAGUUCCGCCGGGCGGCCCGCUCCGUCCUGCCCCGCGGCGAGGGCCCGGCCACCGCCCCGCCGGCGCCGGGGCACGGGGAGCAGCCCCAGCGCCGCGGCCGCGCCGCACUGAGGGGCCGGGGCAGCGCCAGGGACCCCGGCGGCAUCGCGCAUGUGGGAACGGGCGCGUCCCCUCAGGCCGCUCCGCCACCCCCGCCGGCGGACAGCGCCUGCCGCACUGCCGAGCCGAGCCGGCCCGGCCCCCGCCCCGGCAGCGCUUUUUGCCCUACACAUUCUCCUGUUGCUCCCUUCUGA